AUGGCAGUUUUUUCCGGUCUCCCGGCCACGGCCCAGAUUCUCAUCGGUCUGCUAUUUGCCUACGCCUUGUACAGCAUCACAGCAUCGAUAACACUAUGGCGUCGACGACAAGCGAUCAAAAGCGAAAGGGGCUGCCAGUCAGUGCCAUGGGCUGCUAACCAAGUAGAUCACAUCUUUGGGAUAGACCUUUUCCUCAAGACCGUCAAAGCUGUGAAGAACCACACUAUGCUGGCAACAGUACAACAAGCGUUCCUUACCACGGAUGUCAAAACUAUGCAAUUUGUUACGCUGGGUGUGCACAUGUUUAGGACCAUCGAGCCUGAGAACCUCAAGACCAUCCAGGCCAUCGAUCAUGCCAAAUGGGGUCUUCCGGCGAACAGGAAGGCUGCUAUUGCGCCGCUUUUCGGCAAAGGCAUCUUUACAAACGACGGUGCUGCUUGGCAGCAUUCAAGAGACAUGCUCCGCCCCAACUUCGUGCGGAGCCAAGUGGGAGAUGUACUCACCUUCGAGAAGCACGUCUCGCCGCUCAUCAAAACCAUUCAAGAAUCGCCCAGUGAGGAUCUCUCUGAGCUAUUCUUUCUCCUCAGCAUGGACAGCGCGACAGAGUUCCUAUUCGGGCAGUCCACCGAUUCGCUUUCGAAGAACUCGGAACAGCGCGCUGGCGGCUUUGGAGAAGCGUUUGAUCAGGCACAGAAACUUGUUUCACAUCACGCUCGAUUUGGAAAGCUCACAAGACUGUUUCCAGCGGACAAACGCUUCAAGCAGAGCGUUGGGAUCAUCAACGACUUUGUUGACAAGUUCGUGAUCAAGGCUCUUGAUGCAAAAUCCCAAUCUGACAGCGAAAAACCUGCAAGUGAGAAUGGUCGAUAUGUCUUCAUCGAUGAGCUUGUCCGACAGACGAACGAUCCGGUCGUCAUCAGAAGCGAGCUCCUUAACGUUCUACUUGCUGGCCGUGACACGACCGCAUCACUCCUAACUAACGUCUUCUUCACCAUCUCCCAGCGACCUGAAAUUUGGCAGAGACUUCAAGCAGAUGUUCAGCAGCUCAACGGCGCACUGCCAACAUUCGAACAGCUCAAAGAUCUGAAGUACGUCAAGGCUGUGCUCAAUGAGUCGCUUCGAUGCCAUCCAAUCGUGCCCAUCAACUCCCGUCAAGCUCUCGAGGACACCAUUCUUCCACUCGGUGGCGGACCCGAUGGGAAAUCGCCAUUCUUCGCUAAGAAGGGCUCGAUCGUAUCGUGGAAUCUGUAUGUCAUGCAUCGACGAAAGGAUCUUUAUGGCGAAGAUGCGGAAGAGUUCAAACCAGAACGCUGGCUAGACAACGCAGAAACUGGACAGAAGGGCAUUCGGCCUACCUGGGAGUACUUGCCCUUUAAUGGAGGAGCACGCAUAUGCAUCGGACAGCAAUUUGGUUUGGCAGAGGCUUCGUACACCGUCGUACGACUGUGCCAGGCGUUUAGCGGCAUCAAAUGCAACGCUCCAGGACCUUGGAUAGAGAACGUCAACCUGACUUGUAUGAACCUGAGUGGAGCAAAGGUCACAUUGACGCCCCGCGCGAUUUGA